CAAACUGUUCGACAACGGCCUGAGGUUGGAUAUUUCCAGCUACCCCCAUAUGAACAUCCGCAUGAGCACAAAGGGCAAGCGCCCUUUGAGGAGCUUGACCCCUAGCGACAAAGUACAUGCUAUUCAGCGUAUACAUGAUGGCGAGUCAAAGGCUUCAGUGGCACGCGACAUUGGGGUCCCUGAGUCGACGUUACGAGGCUGGUGUAAAAAUGAAGAUAAGUUACGCUUUAUGUCUCGUCAGUCCGCUGCCGAGAAGAUGGGUGGGGAUGCUUUGACGGACAAAUUGGAUGGUAACACAAAUAUGUUGGGCGGUCCUCCAGAGAAGAGACAGCGUAUGGACAAUUCGAUGCCUUUGAAUUUUUCCAACAAAAUGAAAUUUGACGAAUUGACAACAUUCAAGAGAGCUCCCCUUACUGGUAUAGAUUUUGGGGGAAAUAAGUCCUUGACUGAUCUUGGUACUUUCAAUGGAUUGGCACCAGAUUAUGGGGCUUUUAAUGGCUCAGCAAAAAAUAAAGUGUUCGGGGCAGAUAUUCCUCGACCUACUGAUCCCUCUAUUGCAGCUAUAAGUCCAUUGUCAAGCCUUUCACAUCUUUCCGGGCUGACAGGACUAUCGCAAUCACCUUUGGCCAUGAGUUUUAAUGAGCUCACCUCGAACUUAAACUUGUUGGCACAACUUAAUCCCGGUUUAGCCGCCAUGUCUGGUCUAAAUGGUUUAGCAAAUACUGGAAACAACAUGAGGGCCAAUAACAUGAAACCAAAACCACAAAUGCAUAGUCCUCGCAGCGAAACUACCGAACGACAAACGGGUCUUACAGUAAAAAAUUGGGCCAAACAGAAACCACCAACUCCCACAUCCACUGAAACUCCUUCAUUUGGUCUUAAUUUAAGUCAUAGUGAUAGUGCCAAGAGUCAAUUGAAAAGUCCUGGUGUUCCUCUUAUGCCCCCACAACUGGGGGCAAAUUUGCCCACUCUUUCGUCAUUGCCCGAAGAUCCGUUGCUGUAUUGGCUGAAAUCUCAACAGGCCAUGUUGGGCUUGAAUAAUCUUUAUCCACCACCACCCCCCAUUGGCACUACCAGCCCCCCAAUUCGAUCAUCCACUCCUCAGCAUCAAAGUUUGCACGCCAGCACUCCUCCCAUCAUUCCUACACCCCUAACACCAUCCUCAACUCCAUCUGGCAGCUUGGAUGACAAAAACUCAGCCUGGUUCAAUUGGUGCAAAGCAUUUGGAGCAAGUCUCAACUCCUUGGCUCCUGCUGCUGCUGCAGUAGCUCUACAUGGAAAUCCGUUACAUCAGCCUCAAGCUUCUGUUAAUGUUGUCGAAUCAUCAACUACUAUUGAUGGCCAGGUUGUUGGAAAAACGGGAUUCGAAAACAUUUUGUAUUCACAACUAACUAAAGACUCAGCUCCCAGUCCUUCGGUUCAAAGUUCCUCAUCUGUCGAGCAACUAAAUAACGAAUUAACACACAGUGUUGACAUGUCGAACAAACCAGAGGACCUAUCCGCUAAGACAGCUAAAUCCAGAAGUUCACCACUCAGUCCUCUACCAACUCCAGCUCAAAGUCCUGAAAGAAACGUUGGCCAAAAUGCUUCGAACCACAACAGUCCAGCACCUAGUCCAAUACCCAUUGGUUCAGAGAGCGAUUUACAGGAGUCAGAGCCGAAGACAGACGCCAGGAACAGUGUAGCCGAUUGUAGAGAUGUUCUCGACAAUCUUCUCUACAAGAUAAACAACAACAACAAUGCAGACGGUAAUUGCCAAGUAUCUUCAGCAGUUAGUGAGUCUGAGGCCAGCUGUACCAGUGAACACAACAAUACAGAUGACUGCACUCAUAAUAACAACAAUAACUCAAAUAAGACAGACGAAGAAGAGCGUGCAAAAUGUGCCGCUUUAUAUGACGAUGAAGAAAUGGAUGCCGACUACAAGGAAGCUAUUGCACAUGGAGAGAAAUUUUUGCAGUGGCUCGAAAACUGCAGUAACCCCCGAGUGACCGCUGUUCAAUUAAUGCAGCUCCGAUUCCUUAUAUCUUCAGUCAAAACGGUUCUCGAUCCCAAAUCAACCCUCAAGGAAUCCACUAGCACAUCAAAUCUAUCGACUGCUAUAGAAAUAGACGACUCUUCUGAGGAAAGUAACCGCUCAAAAAUGCGUCGCCGCAAAUAGGAACAACCUAAAUUGGCUGCAUUUGAGCCAGAGCCAGAUAGUUGCAAAGACGUAGUAAUUAUCGAUGCCGAUGAAUACCAAAUGGAAAAACCAUUCGCUCCCGCUGUAUAUCAAUCAUCAGCAACCCUUUUAAACUCUUUGUUCUUUCCGCCCUACGAAAUAGUUCGGUCAGACGACUCUGACGACAACAACAACAGCACCAAUAAUACCAAUGAAUACAAUGACGUCAACGCUGACAAUGACA